GGGUUAAAGGUGAUGGUUAUGCAAUCAAUUAAAUGGCACAACGUGUCUUCUUCUCGUCCCUGAAUCCGCGGUAGGCUUUCCUCGGUCAUGCUGGAGGCUAGGUUACAAAAAUAAUGCAAAACGUUUCCAUGUUUUCUUAUUAAUUCCCAACAAGUCCUCCAGGGGGCGCUGCGGCGGGGAGGCGCGGUUAAUGAUCGCGAGGGAGUGACGGGAAGAAAAUACAGUCAGUAUAAACGCAGCAGCGAGAGCCUAAAGCGUGUCAAAGAUGUCAAUAUUCACACCUACUAACCAGAUCAGGUUAACUAAUGUCGCCGUCGUGAGGAUGAAGAAAGGAGGGAAGAGGUUUGAAAUCGCCUGUUAUAAGAACAAAGUGAUGAGCUGGAGAUCUGGAGCGGAGAAGGAUCUUGAUGAAGUCCUGCAAACAAACUCAGUGUUUGUCAAUGUGUCCAAGGGUCAAGUGGCCAAGAAGGACGACCUGUCAAGCGCUUUCGGCACAGAAGACCUGACAGAAAUAUGCAAACAGAUUUUAGCUAAAGGAGAGCUGCAGGUGUCAGACAAGGAGCGCCAGAGUCAGCUGGAGCAGAUGUUUCGUGACAUCGCCACUAUCGUGGCAGAAAAGUGUGUGAACCCAGAGACCAAGCGGCCCUACACCGUGAGUCUGAUCGAGAGAGCCAUGAAGGACAUCCACUUCUCUGUGAAGGCCAACAAGAGCACCAAACAGCAGGCGCUCGAGGUCAUCAAGCAGCUGCAGCAGUCCAUCCAGAUCCAGAGAGCUCACAUGCGGCUGCGCUUCGUCCUGCCGGCCAGAGACGGGAAGAGACUGAAGGAGAAGCUCAGACCCUUGAUCAAGACCGUAGAGAGCGAGGACUUCGACGAGCAGCUGGAGAUGGUGUGUCUGAUCGAUCCGGGAUGUUUCCGUGAUGUGGAUGAGCUGAUCCGCUGCGAGACUAAAGGCAAGGGGACACUGGAGGUGCUCAGUCUCAAAGACGUGGAGGAAGGAGACGAGAAACUAGAAUAAACUCAAAGCAACACCUUCGCUUCAUACGAAGAGUUACAUCACGCUCUGAAUAUUAGCACCAUAUUCACAGCUUCAGGAACAAUACUAAAUCUGACAAACUCCUUUAAUAAUAAAAAAAACAUGUCCCUAAAUACUAAAUCAUGCUCCGUUGCAGUAAUUCAUUUUCUGUGAAAAUUAAAUUAACUUUAUUUUAAGAUAAUGUUAAAAGUAAUAUACAGUGAGAUUGUGUAAGAGUGCGUUGUUUGCCAUCAUUAAAUCUGUGCUCUUCAA